AGCGACUAACAUCAACACAGAACUUGCUUUGUUAUUUAAUACGAAACAAGAAUGGCGUGAAAUAUGGCUUCGUACAUACAAGGCUAUGAUGAGGAAAGGUUUGCCACCACAAUCAGUCGGAAUUUUCUCUGUUUGAUUUGCUUCAACGUCCUUAAAGACCCGGUUCUGUGUCCGAGGAACCAACAUUGUUUCUGUCGAUCUUGUAUUACGAAACACCUUGAGAAUUCACGAAGAUGCCCUACGUGUGCAGACGAACUGACCGUAGAGACUUUGGCCGAUCCACCACGAAUGGUAAAAGAUUGUAUAAAUGAAUUAAACAUUCAUUGCAUUUACAUCGACAGAGGUUGUCAAGAGAUCCUACAAUUAGAGAAUCUUGAACGUCACGAGGCUACAUGUGGAUUUACACCAGCCGUUUGUACAAACCAAGGCUGUGGUGUAACUUUAAACCAGCGUGAUCUUGUUCACCAUCAAAGUGAACUAUGUGAAUUUCGCAAGUUGAAAUGUCACUCGUGCGGAGAAAUGACAAAAACGUUGGCAGAUAUGGAGGAAAGAAUGGCGAAUGUCGAGAAGAAUAUAGCAACGAAUAUGGUCAGAAAGGAGACUAUGGUUACCAUGGAAACCCACAUGAAGAAUAUGCAAACGAAUAUGGCAAAUAUGGAAACACGUAUGGCGAAUGUGGAGAGGAAUAUGGUCGGCAUAAAAACAUAUAUGGAAGGCAAAUUUGAAGGAUUGAAAACAGCUUUGAUUGAAGGUUUUGAUGAAAUGAAGGAUGUUCUUGUCAAGAUGGAGGACAAGAUAGAAGAAAACCCAAGAAAAGUAAGAAAUACAGCAAGUGGUGAUAAGGAAAAUAUAAUUGUUGCUGGAGGUGUAGGAACUGACUCUGUAGAGAUGUUUAACUGGCGUCAAAGAACAUGGUCGCCAUUACAAUCAUUGCCAAAGACGCGUGAAGGAGCGACUUCAUUUGUUCACAACAAUCAUGUGACAAUUGCUGGAGGUUACUGUUUUGACUAUGUUGAUGAUAUGAUUAGAAUGAAUAUCAACCCAAACCCUGAUCUCUCAAUGCACUGGAGUGAUUGUCCUGUUAAACUACCUACUAAGUUGACAUGCCACAGCAGUGUGUUGUAUAAUGAUCACUUAUUAGUUUCUGGCGGUGGUGAAAGAAAGGGAGCAUCUGACUAUAUUCAUGAAGUCCAGCUAGUUUCUUCAUAUACUGUGAAGACCUUAUCAAGAAUGCCAGAACCAAGACGGGAUCACAGCACGCAAUUAUUUGAUGAUAACUUGUUGAUCGUUGGUGGAAGAACAACUAACAGAUACCAAGACAGCCUCAGCAGUGUCGUACUGUAUGAUAUAAAGAAGAAUAAAUAUAAACAGUUGGCACCACUGCCGUAUGAAGUGAGUGAGAUGGCAACUGUGAGAUGGGGAGCCAACAUUGUUGUUAUAGGCGGCGUUGAUAAACAUGGCAAAGCAUUAGAUACAGUUAUCAUUUACAAUGUCAAGACUGAACAAAGUCACUUGCUGUCACGAAUGAGAUGUAAGAGACGGGGAUGUACUGCAGUUGUUAUUGGAAACAACAUUGUAGUACUGGGAGGUCAGGAUGGCCAACAACAUGUCUUAAAGUCAGUUAAAGCUUUCAACUUUGGAAGUAAUACAUGGCAAGAACUUCCAGAAAUGUCUCAAGCAAGAUGGUUGCACACUGUUGUUGCUGUGUGAACUUAAUUUGUGAGAUAUUAUAAUAAUAUUCCCGUUAUGAACAAUUUACUUUAGAACUAAAUGUAAGUAAUGACUUUAAAUAGUUUGUUUAAUACAAUCAAUCUCGAACAUAGUUUGUUUAUAAAUGUUGAACUCAUUUGACCAUAUCGUCAAUCAAGAUAAGUUCAGUGAGUAGAAUGUAGAGUACACUAGUAAUGUGUUUUUGUUUUAUAUAACAUAUUGUUUGUGAUUUGCCCAAUAAAAGUUUCACACAUUUUGAUCCAACAAACUUCGAUACUGUAAAUCACUCUUUAACGUUGUUUACGGUACCGUGCUUUAAUUUGGAAUAUACGACGAAAGUUACUAUAGUCACUAUUGUUCCAGUAUUGUCCCUCUCUGAAUUCUAAACUGUUUUCCUAGAAGUUCAGUAAGGAUCAUCUCUUAUUGAUCCAGUGUUACUACAAGAGGAAACCUAAACUAACUUUAUUUAUGCUGGAUAGCUCUAUCAGUUCUAAUCUGUUUUCCUAGAGGUCCAGUAAGGAUCAUCUCUUAUUGAUCCAGUGUUACUACAGGAGGAAAACUAAACUAACUUUAUUUAUACUGGAUAGCUCUGUCAGUUCUGAACUGUUCUUCCUAGAGGUCCAGUAAGGAUAUCUCUUAUUGAUCCAGUGUUACUACAGGAGGAAACCUAAACUAAACUAACUUUAUUUAUACUGGAUAGCUCUAUCAGUUCUAGAUUGUUCUUUCUAGAGGUUCAGUAAGGAUUAUCUCCUAUUGAUCCAGUGUUACUACAGGAGGAAACCUAAACUAAACUAACUGUAUUUAUACUGGAUAGCUCUAUCAGUUCUAAACUGUUCUUCCUAGAGGUCCAGUAAGGAUCAUCUCUUAUUGAUCCAGUGUUACUACAGGAGGAAACCUAAACUAAACUAACUUUAUUUAUACUGGAUAGCUCUAUCAGUUCUAAACUGUUCUUCCUAGAGGUCCAGUAAGGAUCAUCUCUUAUUGAUCCAGUGUUACUACAGGAAGAAACCUAAACUAAACUAACUGUAUUUAUACUGGAUAGCUCUAUCAGUUCUAAACUGUUCUUCCUAGAGGUCCAGUAAGGAUCAUCUCUUAUUGAUCCAGUGUUACUACAGGAGGAAACCUAAACUAACUUUAUUUAUACUGGAUAGCUCUAUCAGUUCUAAACUGUUCUUCCUAGAGGUCCAGUAAGGAUCAUCUCUUAUUGAUCCAGUGUUACUACAGGAGGAAAACUAAACUAACUUUAUUUAUACUGGAUAGCUCUGUCAGUUCUGAACUGUUCUUCCUAGAAGUCCAGUAAGGAUAUCUCUUAUUGAUCCAGUGUUACUACAGGAGGAAACCUAAACUAAACUAACUUUAUUUAUACUGGAUAGCUCUAUCAGUUCUAGACUGUUCUUUCUAGAGGUACAGUAAGGAUCAUCUCUUAUUGAUCCAGUGUUACUACAGGAGGAAACCUAAACUAAACUAACUGUAUUUAUACUGGAUAGCUCUAUCAGUUCUAAACUGUUCUUCCUUGAGGUCCAGUAAGGAUCAUCUCUUAUUGAUCCAGUGUUACUACAGGAGGAAACCUAAACUAAACUAACUUUAUUUAUACUGGAUAGCUCUAUCAGUUCUAAACUGUUCUUCCUAGAGGUCCAGUAAGGAUCAUCUCGCAGAAAACCCGUGGUAUUGAUAAAGUCAAUGUGGAAGCACACUGUUCUGCAUCUGAAAUUAUAAUUAUGAUGUCUUUCCAGGGAAAAUAUCCUAUGUGAACCGACAACAGCUAUCUCACUUGACGAGAAAGCCGUCUCAUCCGAGGAAGAAGAGGACAUUCCUAACAUCACAACAUCUGACAUAGAAAAUCUUGAAGAUCCGUUGGACAAAGUGAAACCUGGAUUGAGAUUUGAAGGCGAUACUUUAGUACCAUUACAAUGUGUUCAUAUCAGAGCGAAGCUGUUGGAUCUCUGUGCCAAAGUCGUUGUAAUGCAAGUGUAUAAUAACUCAAGUUCAAAACCCAUUGAAGCAAAAUAUGUGUUCCCAUUGGAUGACAUGGCAGCAGGUAAGCCUAGCUCGUUAGAUAUUUUUACUUUGACAAUUCGGUGGCCGGACAUUUUGCCGAAAGACACUUUGCCGAAAGACAGUUUGCCGAAAGACAUUUUGCCGAACGGACACUUUGCCGACGGACGUUUUGCCGAACGGACGUUUUGCCGAACAGACAUUUUGCCGAACGGACAGUUUGCCGAACGGACGGUUCGGCGAACGGACAACUUGCCGAAAAUGGAGAUAUCUUCCGAACUUUAAAGGUUCGUUUAUACGGUCAAAGUUUCUGUGAUUAAUUAAAUUGAAGUCAUUGUCGAUAGUGAAGUAUAGUUUCGUUUUAUAUUCUUUCAAUUAAGUUUACCGAAAUUUAAUGAUAUAUAAAAGAAUAACAUCAUUCAAAAUCAUUCAUACUGUACUGUACUAUUCAUGAAUGCGAUUUCCCCGAGAACUGUGAAUGUAUUCCAUAUAUGAUUCUCGAAGUGAAAUUCGCUUACGUCGUUGUCUUUAUACACACUAAAGUCUUGUUUGUUUACGACCUGACGUCAAAACACGUUCCUAGCAAAUGAGUCAUCCGCUGCACAAACAAGCUACCAAUAGUCAAUAUAGUUGCGCACCGCUAACGACCAUUAUAUGCGCUGCUAAUGACCAUUAUGCACUGCUAAUGACCAUAUAAUGGUUAGUUUACUCAAUAGUUGAUAAUUACACUGUUGAGAAACGAGUCACAGUCCCAAACAUUUUGACGAAAUAACAUCUCUAUUUUCGGCAAGUUGUCUUUUCGGCAAACUGUCCGAUCGGCAAAAUGUCCGUUCAGCAAAAUGUCCGUUCGGCAAAACGUCCGUCGGCAAAGUGUCCGUUCGGCAAAAUGUCUUUCGCCAAAAUGUCUUUCGGCAAAGUGUCUUUCGGCAAAAUGUCCGGGUACCGACAAUUCUCGCGGUACUAUUUUUCGCUACGUCUUACGUUUCCUCCUGUUGUAACACUGGACCGUCUCUCACAUAUGCGACUGAGAAAAACGAAAAUUGUGUGCUGUAAGAAUCAAACCUCGGUCACAGAGAGGAAAGACACAGCCAUUGUGCCACAAACACCGUCAAAGUUUUUAGGAAUUUAUAGCCUGGUUUUCAGUGUUGGGUAAUCUCAAAGUUUUGGUUUCAUAUUAGAGUUGAAGUGAUUUAGGGUAAAAGCGGUUUAUUUAAUUUUCUAGUGUGUGGAUUCGAGGCGUUCAUCAAUGGCAAACACAUCGUGGGUGAAGUGAAGGAAAAAGAAGAAGCGCAUAGAGAAUAUAAAAAAGCAAUCAGUGAAGGACAUGGUGCUUAUUUGAUGGAUGAAGAAACACCAGUGAGUAUGAGUAUGAUGAUGAUGGUAAUAGUGAUGAUUGUGCCGAUGAUGAUGAUGAUAAUGGUGUUGAUAUGGUGAUGAUGAUGAUUGUGAUGAUUGAGAUGAUAAUGGUGUUGAUUGUGAUGGUGAUGAUGAUGGUGGUGAUUAUUGUGUUAAAAAAUCCAGUAGAGUCUUUGUAGAGUCUUAGUAUUUUGUAAGUUCACUUGGUGGUAAAUUUAAUUGUUUUAUCGUGUGGAAACGCUACGUUUAUUUAUUUAUUUAUUUAUUUAUUUAUUUAUUUAUUUAUUUAUUUAUUUUUUUAUUUAUUUAUUUAUUUAUUUAUUUGACAAAGCUUCUUUGAGAUUAGCCUACUCACAGCCGUUGUUAUUAGUUUUUUUGUCGUUUUGCGUAAGAAUAACAACGGCUGCGAGCAGGCUACCUCGAGAUCAGAUCUACCUGACUGCAAUCAUAUAAACUAAGGUGUUUUAUCAACACAGAAUAAGCAAUUUUGUUCACUUUUGUUGUCAAAUUUUGAGUUUCCUCUUCUCUGUUUCGACCAGGAUGUGUUUACAGUGAGUGUUGGUAAUAUUCCUCCAGGAGCGACAGUCUUGAUCAAGAUAACAUACGUCGCUGAACUGCCUGUGGAAGAUGAGAAUAUAGUGUUCAGUCUUCCUGGUUCUCUCGCACCUUGGUCACGUGAUCAGGCACUGAAAGAUCGCACACAGGUGAUGCGUUGGUACUUACAUAGCCUUUCAAAUGUAGAACAACAUAAAGUAAUAGACAAUCCCCAUUAUAGACUAAUUUUAAAACUAGGCAAGGAGAUGCGAAUAAAUCACCAAGCGGAAAAUACAGCCUUGCAAAGUUCGCAAAUUUUGUAUACUUUCGUAUUCCGUGCGGAAAUUGUUACCACAUCUGGGCCGAAAAUGGUAACAAUUUCCGCACGCAAUACAAAAGUAUACAAAAUUAUACAAAAUUUGCGAACUUUGAAAGGCUAUAUUUUCCGCAUUUUACAACAUUUCGCAACCAAACUUUGCAAUUUUACUCAUUUUAGUAUGCUCCUUCCGGGAAUAUACUUUUUUGACAAGAUAAAAAAUACUCUAUAAUGAGAAUUGUCUAUUGUUACCAUGAAGCGAACAUCUGUAUCACAUAAUUUUGUUUAUGUUGUCAUUGUUGUUGUUUUUGCUGUUGUUAUUGUUGUUGUUGUUUUAGCAACCAUUGUUAUUUAUUCUCUAUUACAGGAUGUUCUUGAAAGUGUGAAAGUUGACGUUAAUAAUCCUUGCGAGCUGUCAAUCCACGUCGCUGUUGAGAUGCCGUUUGAUAUCAGGACUCUCGACUGCCCCACACACGAUGUCAAGAUGAAGGUCUUUUUAAUGUUUAUUUCAUAAAAAAAUGUAAUUUUUCUAACCUAUAUGGAAUAUAUACCCAUUCACAUAUGUAAGUUUUGACUGAGGUCCAGUAAGGAUUGACUCUUAUUGAUCCAGUGUUACCACAGGAGGAAACUGAAGCUCUUUGAGAAAACCUGUGGUGUUUGAUAGAGUCAAACUGGAAGCAUUCUUCUCACAUGUGACUGAGGUGAAAUUAUAAUGAGACAACUGUAUAUUGCAGGAAUCAAACCUCCGUCACAGAGCUGAAAAACACAUGUACUGACCACUUUGACACCAAUACCAGUUUUAUUUUUUAUUUAUUAUUAACUAUAGAAAACAGCGGCAAAAGCUGUGAUUCAGAUGAAGGCAGAUCAAGACCUUGGUACUGGAUUUCAAUUAUUAGUUGGUUUGGCUGAGAUUCACGUUCCUAGAAUGUGGGUUGAGAGACUUCCCGAGGAUUCUGACUCACAAGUAUGUUUCACUGACGUACUUUAUACUGAAUAGUUCUAUCAGUUCUAAACUGUUCUUCCCAGAGGUCCAGUAAGGAUCAUCUCUUAUUGAUCCAGUGUUACUACAGGAGGAAACCUAAACUAAACUAACUUUAUUUAUACUGGAUAACUCUAUCAGUUCUGAACUGUUCUUCCAAGAGGUCCAGUAAGGAUCAUCUCUUAUUGAUCCAGUGUUACUACAGGAGGAAACCUAAACUAAACUAACUUUAUUUAUACUGGAUAGCUUUAUCAGUUCUAAACUGUUCUUCCUAGAGGUCCAGUAAGGAUCAUCUCUUAUUGAUCCAGUGUUACUACAGGAAGAAACCUAAACUAAACUAACUUUAUUUAUACUGAAUCUUUUAGGCUUGCAUGCUUUCGUUUUACCCUGAGUUUGAAGCGGAACCCAUGGACAAUAUUGAAUAUGUGUUUUUGUUGGACGUCUCGUGCUCAAUGAAGGUAUGUGUAUCUAGAUUUGCAGAAAAUGCAAUUCAUUGAACCUGACCAAACAGACCUUGUCUAAAUCCCAAUGUGUUCACUGUUACCUCAGGAGAAAACCUGAGAGUACCUGCGUAUUUUGGCUGAAUCAAACUGGAAGCACUCUUUCCACGUGGAACAGAGGCGAUAUUUUAAGCAGAUCACUGUAUAUUGCAGGAAUAUUAAUUGAGUCAUGGUUUUUUUUCGAAGGGUACUCCGUUGGAAAAUGCCAAGAAAAUUCUGCUACUCACUCUGCACAAAUUGCCAACGAACUCGAGAUUUAACGUCAUCGCCUUUGGAAGCCAUUGGCUGGAAUUAUUUCCUGCGAGUGCUCAGAAAAGUGAAGAAAGUUUGAAGGAUGCUGCUACCUUUAUUAAAGUAAGUGAAUUAUACCUCUCUAAUACAAACGUCUUUCUAAUACAGACAUCUCUCUAAUACGGACACUUUUCUAAAGGCCCGUUUACACGGGCGAUUUUUGCUGCGAUUUUAGUUGCGAUUUUCUUCUUUUGGAGGAUGUGAAGGAGUAGAUGAGUUAUAAAUGUUCCAGGAUAUGAAAUCUUAUAACAACAUCUUAAGUAAUCUACUCCUUCGCAUCCUUCAAAAGGAGAAAAUCGCAACUAAAAUCGCAGCAAAAAUCGCCCGUGUAAACGGGCCUUAAUACAGACAUCUCUCUAAUACAGACAUCUCUCUAACACAGACACCUCUCUAAUACAGACAUCUCUCUAAUACAGACACCUCUCUAACACAGACAUCUCUCUAAUACAGACACCUCUCUAACACAGACAUCUCUCUAAUACAGACAUCUCUCUAACACAGACAUCUCUCUAAUACAGACAUCUCUCUAAUACAGACACCUCUCUAAUACAGACAUCUCUCUAAUACAGACACCUCUCUAAUACAUACACUUCUCUAAUACAGACACCUCUCUAAUACAGGCAUCAUUCUAAUACAGACACCUCUCUAAUACAGACACCUCGCUAAUACAUGAUUUUGAAAAUUUUAAGUAUUUAAUGCCCUUCGCAUGAAUUUGAUUUAACUCGUUAUUAAAACUUUAUUUUUUUCCAGCGCUGCAGCAGUGAUAUGGGCGCCACGGAUAUUUGGAAAGUUCUGAAAGCUUUAAGUCUUCUUCCAGUCAAAGCUGAUGUCCACGUGAGAAACGUGUGUCUUCUGAGUGAUGGUCACGUGACUGAAGAAGAGUUAAGUUUGAAGUUGGCCUCACAUAACCAUCAACAGUCCAGAAUAUUUACGUUCGGUGUUGGGUAAGUGGUGGUCUUCACUAACUGAUGUCAUUCUAGUGAUAAAAGCUAGCGAAGCUUUUAAUUAUUGAGUUUCAUCUAAGAACAGGGACGCCGGAAGAUCGAUAAUUGGGGGGGGGGGGCAGAUAUUCAUAUAUUCCUGUUCUGCCCAAUUAAUUUCUUUUGAAAUCGAUUGUUUUUACAGUCUGUGAACACGAAUGUAUGAAUAUCUGCCCCCCCCCCCAAUUAUCGAUCUUCCGGCGUCCCUGUCUAAGAAUAUACAUUCUGUCUCUAUAAAUGUAAAACAACACGUGCAAUAACACACAACUUGUAACAAACCUACAGCAGACUUGUAGCAAUUCUGUUUCAACAACAUUGUUAUCAACAGGAUGUGUUUGUAUUGUUUGUUCCCAGCUUGUUAACAAGUUGCAACAAGGUUGUUGACCACAGUUAAUUAUGGUAAAUAUAUCUAGAGCAAUAUGUCUUGGACUCGAGCAUAUGGAGUUCACUGGUUAUAUCUUGCAUAAAAGUCAGUUGCUGAGCUUUUAUAAUCAUCUGCAUUAUCUACCAUUAAUCUUACCAUUGAUAAAUCAACGUUUGACGUGUUUUUUUCUUUUGUCCCCUAGUUCUUCGGCAAACCGUUAUUUCUUACGGACAAUGGCAAAAGUCGGUGCUGGCGCCUCAGAAUAUUUUGAUUCAAAAGUCAAGUCAAAAUGGCAAAGAAAAGUCCAAUCCUUAUUGAGCAAAUCUCAACAACCUGUGCUGACGUCAGUUUCUGUUGCCUGGCAACAGUAUGACAACGAUGCUCCGACUCCGAUCCAGGCUCCCAGCCAGAUUUUGUCGCUCUUCAAUGGCUCAAGACAAGUUGUGUAUGGAUUUGUCCCAUAUUGUACACAGGUAUAAAUAUCUCAUAACAACUUGACUAAACUAAAUUCUAUCAGUUCUAAACUGUUCUUCCUAGAGGUCCAGUAAGGAUCAUCUCUUAUUGAUCCAGUGUUACUACAGUAGAAAACCUAAACUAAACUAACUUUAUUUAUACUGGAUAGCUUUAUCAGUUCUAAACUGUUCUCUCUAGAGGUCCAGUAAGGAUCAUCUCUUAUUGAUCCAGUGUUACUACAGGAGGAAACCUAAACUAAACUAACUUUAUUUAUACUGGAUAGCUCUAUCAGUUCUAAACUGUUCUUCCUAGAGGUCCAGUAAGGAUCAUCUCUUAUUGAUCCAGUGUUGCUACAGGAGGAAACCUAAACUAAACUAACUUUAUUUAUACUGGAUAGCUCUAUCAGUUCUAAACUGUUCUUCCUAGAGGUCCAGUAAGGAUCAUCUCUUAUUGAUCCAGUGUUACUACAGGAGGAAACCUAAACUAAACUAACUUUAUUUAUACUGGAUAGCUCUAUCAGUUCUAAACUGUUCUUCCUAGAGGCCCAGGCGAGUAUCAUCUCUUAUUGAUCCAGUGUUACUACAGGAGAAAACCUAAACUAAACUAACUUUAUUUAUACUGGAUAGCUCUAUCAGUUCUAAACUGUUCUCCCUAGAGGUCCAGUAAGGAUCAUCUCUUAUUGAUUCAGUGUUACUACUAGAGGAAACCUAAACUAAAUUAACUUUAUUUAUACUGGAUAGCUCUAUCAGUUCUAAACUGUUCAUCCUAGAGGUCCAGUAAGGAUCAUCUCUUAUUGAUCCAGUGUUACUACAGGAGGAAACCUAAACUAAAUUAACUUUAUUUAUACUGGAUAGCUCUAUCAGUUCUAAACUGUUCGUCCUAGAGGUCCAGUAAGGAUCAUCUCUUAUUGAUCCAGUUGUAAUUAAUGCACAUUUGCCACAACUUUUUCACUCUGCACAGAAAUUGUGAUUUUUAUUCUUUUGCAGGCAACAUUAAAGGCUGAGAUCAAUGGCAAAGAAAUAUCAACAAUGGUUUCAACUUCAGAUUUGAGUAUCACCUCUGGUUCAACUUUGCAUCAGUUGACGGCCCGAGCAUUGAUUAAUGACUGGGAAGAGGGGUUAUUGGCACCGGAUCACUUACAUCACCAGGUUAGUAGGUGGGGGUAAGGAGAGGGGGGCUAGCUUUGUCUUAAGCCCUGGGCAAACUAGGAAAUAUUGUUGUGGAAACAUUUGUGAUUCUCGAUGUUUCCUCAAAUGUUUCCAUGUUUGCCCACCCGUGGAAACAUUGUUGCAGAAACAAAAUUUGCUUCCCGAGAAGCAAAAAUGUUUCCUAGCAAAUUCAGAAACAUUUGAUGUUUCCCUAUGUUUCUCACUAAUGUUUCCUAGUGUUUGCCCACUCUGGGAAACAUGGCGAAGCAUUCGCAGGAAACAAUGUUUCCGCAACAAUGUUUCGUAGUUUGCCCAGGGCUUUAGAAUGUCAUAGCUGUGUUGCAGAAUAUUGCACAGUUAAUUAUGGAUUAGUGGCCAUCGAAAAGGUAUUAAUAAAAUAAUUAGUCUAUACCGGGUGUCCCAAAAAAUUGGACGCUGUUUGAUUUCAUGUAUCGUAAAAACUAUAAAAGCUAACGCAAUGAAGUAAAGAUCAUUGCAUUCGGAAAGAACUAACUUAGAUUUUGAUAUAUAACACUUGAAUUUACAUGCAAUUAGUUUCAUAUUAAUCUGACACUGCAAUCGAGCAACGAAAAAUUUGUUGGCUCGAGCGGAAUUUGAACUCGCAUCUUCGGGUAUCUAGGCCGCCGCUUUACCUAUUGAGCUAUCGAGUCAACAGGGAUUGUUAGCGAGUCUUUCAACAGUGAUUGGUAGCGAGUCUCUCUCUCUUUCCACUCGAGUUUUUCGUAUCUCUGAGGAUGGUUCUGAAAUAGAAUUGAAACACUGCGCGUCUUCUAAGACAAGCGUUAAGUUGUCACGAAAAUAUUUCGUGCACUUAAAUUGGAUAAGACUCGCUACCAAUCCCUGUUGACUCGAUAGCUCAAUAGGUAGAGCGGCGGUCUAGAUACCCGAAGAUGCGAGUUCAAAUCCCGCUCGAGCCAACGAAUUUGUCGUUGCUCGAUUGCAGUGUCAGAUUAAUAUGCAACUAUAGUUUUUCGUAUCUCUGAGGAUGGUUCUGAAAUAGAAUUACAUGCAAUAUUAUUGAGCGAGAUACAACCAAAUAAAAAUAUUUAUGAUGUAACAAGUAUAAGGGAUGGACCAUUAGAUUUUUGAGGGGGGGGGGAUUUUAGGGGUCGUGCAUGAUAUGUUUUUUUGUCGGUCAAAGAUGUGCAGGAAUUUUUUUUUCGCCAUGAUUCGCUUGCAGGAUAUUUUUUUUUCUUCGAAUAAUAUAUAUAUAGUAGGGCGGUCGGAGGAUUUUAACUGAAAUUUGAACUUCAAUCUUUAAAUAAUUUUAAUAAAGCUUUUUGUGACUAAAUUUUGGGAGAUUUUUACAUCUUUGAAGCUCUAGGACUGCACUUUUGGCAUUUUCUAAAGCAAAUUUGCAAAUGAAUUGAAUGUAAAUUGACUGUAUUUUACAAAAAUUAUCACUGUAUUAUGCAAAAUUUAUUUAUGCCCGAUUUUUUUUUUCUGUAGUUUUCUUGUGCAAGAUAUUUUUUUUUCUUGGUUAAAGUUCUGCUCGAAUUUUUUUUGGUAUUUGCCCAACCUCCCCCUCAAAAAUCUAAUGGUCCAUCCCUAACUACAUCGGUAAUCAUAAGGUUGUUUUAUGCUAGUUUUUGGCAUUUUCAAAAACUGUAGUUCAACAUCAAUAGCGCAUUCAAUAUUGCAUGUAAAUUCAAGCGCCAUAUAUCAAAAUCUAAGUUAGUCCUUUCUGAAUGCAAUGAUCUUUAUUUCAUUGCGAUAGCUUUUAUAUAGUUUUUACGUUACAUGAAAUGAAACAGCGUCCAGUUUCUGUUUGGGCUCCUCGGUAGUAGAAGCAAUGUUGUUUGAAUUAAGGGGUCAACAGAACUAUUGAUCCUUUGGGUGAACCAUACUUUAUUUUAAAAUAGCCUCAACAUUGGUUCUCGACCUAUUUAAUCUUCUUAGUAUCAAAAAUCAUCUCUUAUAUUCAAUUUUCAAUCAUUCGAUUCCAACUAAAAAAUACUGUGUACAACUCUAUGACAUACUUAUUGCAUUUCUUUCGGGACGCCUUGUCUUAGAGUUCCUUUUUAUCCCCUAGGCUGUGAAAAUAUCUCGGAAAGAUUACAUUAUUGAAAUAAGCAAGAAACAUUCCGUGACAUCAAAAUUUACGAGCUUUGUGGCAAUCGAGAAACGGGAGGAGGGCGAAACCUUUGACUCCGCGCCGGAUGUUGAAGAAAUUCUUGAUGGGGAGAGUGUGGAUAUCUUGGGAUAUAUUGGUUGGUUAGAGGACAGUGAAGUAGAAGACGAAGAAGAAUACGCGGUUGGUUGUGGGUAUUUGGGUAUAGUUUGGUACAUAGCUCGAAAUCCCCAUUUCAAAAAUCAUUUUCUUAACGGCAAACCGGUUAGACCGUUAACGAAGUGUUUGAUUUUACAACCUCAUUAUAAACAGCUUUACACCAUUGUUGAUAUAUAUUAAACAGUUAUUAAACUUUAAGCAAUGAUUUAAGAAAGCAAAUGAACCACUAGUCAUGUACUCACCAAAGCACUAAUUUAAGAUUUAGCGUGUGAAGUUGACGUUUGGCGUAUAAAUUUGAUGCUUUAACGACUACCCGUCCUCGUAGCAGUUCAAGCAUAAAAUUUAUCAUCAUUGUUAAGGAGGACAAGUUUAAUAAUUAUUUAAUAUAUUUCAAAACUGUCGUAAAAGCUGUUAUAAUAGAGUUGUAAAAUCAAACACUUCGUUAGCGGUUUGACGUCAAUCCAAAAGUCUCUAGUAAUUUUUUCAACCGUUGCAUCCUGUCAACUUUCAUGCAACUCGUUUGACCGGGGCAUAAGAGUUGAGAACCCUUUCAUGCAAACUCUCGCUUCUCAUCAACUCUCAAGAAUUUUGCUGCUAAUAAUAGCCAGUCAAUUCUCACGCAAAAAUUUUAAUUUUUAAUUUUUAGAGUUUUGGACUUUUUAUGGAUUUUGACAUGCCUGUGUACAGCCUUACUACGGCCGGUGACAUCCCUGUGUACAGUAAAUCCUCACACGUGGACGAAGAUGAGGAUUUAUACGAAGAUUUAUUGUGCGAAGAAAUGGAUGAACCCAGAUUUGAUGGUCAGUUGAAGGCGGCGUUUUACAGUAGAAAUAACAGAUAUUACUUUAAUUAAACAUCUCUGUUUAUACUGGAUAGCUCUAUCAGUUCUAAACUGUUCUUACUAGAAGUCCAGUAAGGAUCAUCUCUUAUUCAUCCAGUGUUAUUACAGGAGGAAACCUAAACUAAACUAACUUUAUUUAUACUGGAUAGCUCUGUCAGUUCUAAACUGUUCUUCCUAGAGGUCCAGUAAGGAUCAUCUUUUAUUGAUCCAGUGUUACUGCAGGAGGAAACUUUAACUAAACUAACUUUAUUUAUACUAGAUAGCUCUAUCAGUUCUAAACUGUUCUCCUUAGAGGUACAGUAAAGAUCAUCUCUUAUUGAUCCAGUGUUACUACAGGAGGAAACCUAAACUAAACUAUUGUAACACGGGAUGAUAAAGUUACCUUGUAUUUUUUCUAAACAUUUAUCAAAUUAUUUUACAGAUGUUGUUAUAGACAGUCGCGUAGCUGAACUAACGAAAUUGGCGGGAGAGAUUUCUGCAGAAGUGAGCAGUCAAGCUAUCUUGACUAACGCGAUCUCUGAUGAUUACCGAGGACGUCCCAUGGAAGUGAUGUCUGAUGACGAUUAUUUCUUCGUCUCAGAUUCCUCAGACAGUGAAUGGUCGGACUCCGAUGGCCUUGGUGAAAAGCUACAGUCUUCAGGUAAUAUUAAUGGUUGCUAUUUUAAAAUUAUCUACUUACACACCUUAUCAUAAAAUGUGAUUGAACUUUGGGACGUGAUUGCAGAACCAUCCUCAGAGAUACGAGAAACCAGUUUCAUGUUAAUGUGCAAUAGACCAACGCUACCAAUCCCCGUUGACUCGAUAGCUCAACGGGUAGAACGGCAGUCUAGAUACCCGAAGAUGCGAGUUCAAAUCCUGCUCGAGCCAACGAAUUUUUCGUUGGUCUAUUGAAAAUAUGAAACUGUUUUUUUGUCCAGUUGUCCAGCUUUGUCUUUACCUACGAACUACAAGUCUGUGUGUAACAAGUGUGUAACAAGUCUGCCAACAAGCCGUCAACAAGUUGUGUUCGCACUGCUUGUCCCAAGUUGUCAACAAGUUUAAAACAAACUGUUAACCAUUAUAACAACCUUGUUGAUAUUAUCAGACUUGUUGCAAGGUUGUUCCAACAAGUCCGAUACAGUCAUGAUAUAACAAUAUUGUUACAACCUUGUGUCGUCAACCUUGUAACAUUCUUGUUAUAUCAUGACUGUAUCAGACUUGUUAGAACAAUCUUGUAAUAAGUCUGAUAAUGCCAUCAAGCUUGUUACAAGUUGUUGACAGCCUGUUCCAAACUUGUUACAACAACUGGGAACAAGCAAUGCGAACACAACUUGUCGACAGCUUGUGAACAGAUUUGUUGACUAUAACAAGUUGUGCGUUUUUUACAUGUCAUGCAUGUCAAAACACACAAUGGUAAAAUCUCCUUAUCAAUGCAUAUUUCUUCAGUCAUCAAGAAGAAGAAAGCACCUAAUAAGAAGAAACCUCCAGAACCAGAACAGGUACUCUCAUCUCAUUUUCUUUACACAUUAUUUACGUUUAAAGUGCACCUAACCUUAAUUAUUUUAACAUCUCAUUCCUAAGAACCUUUGAAAUGAUGUAACUUAUUUUGAAGAUUUUCGUUUGCACACUUUGUCUCUGAGUUAUUUCAGUUUUAUUGAUAUGCAAAUGUCCGGAAUUUACGUCACAUAUGAAUAAUGACUGAACAGAUUUGUAGUUCUCAUUCCUAAGAACCUUUGAAAUGAUGUUGUAACUUAUUUUGAAGAUUUUCGUUUGCACACUUUGUUUCUGAGUUAUUUCAGUUUUAUUGAUAUGCAAAUGUCCGGAAUUUACGUCACAUAUGAAUAAUGACUGAUCAAAGAGUGUAAGGUACAGUUAAAUAUCAUGAAAUAAAAAGGCUAAAUGGUGUUUUACAUAGGUAUGUAAUCCUCCCACAACUCCAAACUUCAUUUUAAUGAAUUAAAAUCGAUAGUGAAUGCGAUAUACAAGCUUUUACUUUAAAUCAUGCAUUUGUGACGUAAAUUCCGGAUAUUUGCAUACCAGACAAACUGAAAUAUCUCAGAAACAAAGUGAGCAAACAGAAGUCUUCAAAAUAAGUCAUUACAUCAUUUCAGAAGUUCUUAAGAAUGAAAUAAUAAAAAUUGAGGUUAGGUAAGAAAUUCAAGAUAUGCUGAUAGUUUUGGGAAAUAUUUAACGAGCAAAUAUGCAUUGAUUUAUUUGUGUAAGAUGUUGAAGUAUUUUACUUCUUAAAGCCCUACAAAUAGUAAAGUGAAAGCACGUGUAGACUGGUUUACGGCGGGGAAACGACAAAAUGGCGAUCAGGCUGUGGGGAGCGACUUUCUUGUACUCUACAACCAGUGGCAGUGGAACAGGUUUUAUUUUAGGGAGGCUAAUCAGUUCCAGUCUAUACCAGACAUUUGUGGCAUGUGGAUUAAACAAUUCUCAUGGCUGAAAUUCGGGGCCGACUUUUGAUACAGCCUCAAACAAAAUUGAGACCGACUUUUUCUGAUUUUUGAGUGCUAUGGGUUAUAUCCCCCUGCCUAAUGUGCGCCCCCCUGAUGACGGUAUAUCCGUACCCGUAAACCGGAACUUGGGUAUCUUAACGUCCUCAUUGAUAUUUUCAUAUAUGAUAUAUUUUAGGAAACUUACGAACCUCUAGAUCAGCCACCAAGACGUAAGUUUUUUUGUUUGAACAUUUUUCUACCUUCUGGUAAUUCUAACUGUACCAUGACGACAUGGCACGUCGUGAUCACGUGAUAUGGAAUAUGGAAUGAAAACAUUCAUUAUUUGUAUACUGUACCACAUCAUGCCAUAUUGGGCCAGACCCAACCGGGUCAAAAUACUAAUUUCAUACUCCACCGCUUCUUACCAAAUUGAUGCAAACCAAAGCUGAUGGUAGCAUUCUUAUAUUCCAGAUCCAAAGAAACCAGCAGUAAAACCUCCUGUUGAAAUCGAACAGGUUAGGUCUCCGGACUCUAACUGCAACAAAGUAAAAUACUGAAUCAAUUUAUUUUAAUAAUCUCUUAUUUUCUCUUUUAUUCAUUUUUUUCUAGGAAAACUAUGAGCCUCCAGAACUGCAGAGAAGUAAGAUUAUAUAAACGAUAUUUUGUUUAUUUAUUUUUCAAGCUCGAUUUAAAUGUGUUUCUUCUAUUUUCCCAGGAAACAAACCAGUUGUCGCUAUGGAUCCUGUAAGUACACUACAUGUCAAAUUUGGUACAGCAAGGCUCCGCAUAAAAGAACCAGUAGGUUAAGAACCACCAGCCUGAACUUUUGGAAAUUAAGCACCCAAAAUACAAGUUUUAAAAAGUUUUUUAAAGUUUAGAUAUAUGUAACGAGAACCAUACUAGUGUCAUAGCAAUAGUUUUAUGCAAUACCAGUCCCUAUUAAUGUGUAGAAUAGAAAAAAGUAUAGUGUGAAGUAAGAUUAUAUAAGAACCACUCCAGCCUGAACUCAAAAUUCACUGGUUUGACUAGUUUAAUAUUACUUAGUGAAAUUGUGCAUAUCAUUAUGUUGUGACCUUAAAGCUAAAUCCAUCAAUUAGGGCUAAUCGUACCCUUCUGUAUGUUUAUCUAUGCUAUAGCUAAUGUAGCAGGCAGGCACACAGGCAGGCUCGUAGUCCCCUCCUUUCUGGUCGAGAAGGGCACUAUUCCCUGGAAGAAGUUUCUGCUCCUAACUGAAGUUCUUGCUCCAGAUAUAUAGAGAGGUCACUGGCAGAAAGUGAGUUGGUGUUAAUAUCUCACGAAGUGUAAUUCAUUGUUUUAGGAAGAAAAUUACGAAGAUCCAAAUCAGAUUUCAGGUUAUUAUUACUCUAUACGCUGUUGCCAG